AUGUUUUCUGCACUGCCGGAUCUGGCGUUCUUGACGCCCAAGGGUGGUUUGAUGAUUGGGCUUGCUCUCGCCCUCACCGCAUACCGCUACUACAGACACACCCAGCAUCCGCUGUACAAGUUCCCUGGGCCCCGGUCGGCGGCAUGGAGUAACGUGAUGCAUUGCUACUACUACAUCCGCGGUCGACAGCCCUUUAAGCUGCUCGAGCUGCACAACCAAUACGGUAGCGUAGUCCGGACGGCUCCAAACGAUCUCUCCUUCAAUACGGCAGAGGCAUUCCGGGACAUCUACAACUUCCGGCCCGGCCACGAGACGUUCAUCAAGAGCGACUGGUAUGAUGGGGGCGUCUUUGCAGACAAGGCUCACUCGAUCGUGAGCGAACGUGAUCCUGGGAGGCAUGGACACAUGCGGAAGUAUCUCAGCCACGCCUUCUCGGACCGGUCGUUAAAAGCGCAGGAGUCGCUCAUCAAUGAAGUUGUGAACGAGUUUGUUUCUCAGCUUGAGGUGUACGGCUCCAGAGAGAACGGCAUCGACAUUGUUGUCUGGUUCAACCUGGCCACCUUUGAUAUCAUUGGAUCUUUGGCAUUUGGAGAGUCGUUCGGAGGAGUCAAGUCAGGUGAGGUUCAUCCUUGGAUCUCGCGAAUCAUCACGGCCAUCGGGCAGAGUGCUCUGGCAGACGCCUUCAAAAGGUUCCCGGCUUUCGCAACUACGUUCAAGUGGCUGUUCCCUAGAGCAAUUGAGAAGAUGCUGGAGGACACGGCAAGCCAUGAGAACUAUACCAUCUCCCUGAUCGACAAGAGGUUGGACAAUCCAUCAACUCGUCCAGACUUCUUGACACGCAUGCUGGAGAACAGACCCGCGGAUCUGACAAAUAUGCAAAUCGCCGCCCACGCGUCCGACUUUGUCAUUGCGGGCAGCGAGACGACAGCCACGACACUGAGCUGCAUAGUGUACUACCUGACCAAGAACCCAUCCGUCUAUCAGAAAGCCACGCGGGAAAUCAGGGACCGGUUCGCCAGAUUCGAGGACAUCAACUCGACGGCAGCCUUGCAGCUCAAGUACCUCCACGCGCUAGCCCUCGAGGCGAUGCGGAUCUAUCCACCUCUGCCGCUGGCCCUGCCGCGAGUCGUGCCCAAAGGCGGGGAUACCAUCGCUGGCCAUUUUGUGGCAGAAGGGACCAUCGUCUCCGUCAACCCCGUCGCCGCGAGCCUGUCUGCCCAGAAUUUUGAGGCGCCGCUGGAAUUCAGACCCGAGAGAUGGCUCGGCGGAAGCGAUCUGCGCGGUAACCACGAGGCUUCGCAGCCGUUUUCCAUGGGGCCGCGAGGAUGUCUCGGGAGGAACCUGGCGUGGAUCGAGUUGAGCCUGCUGCUCUCAAAGAUGCUCUGGGUCUACGAUCUCGAGCUUCUGAACCCGGAGAUCGAUUGGUUGGAGGAUUCUGCGAUGGCGAUGCUGUGGAAGAAGCCGAAACUGAUGAUUAGGACUACCCGCCGGCAGCAGGCUGCUGUGUAA